AUGCAGGGUUUGUGGUCCCGCGCUGUCUCGAAGCAGACGUCCUGCCGGUGCGUCGGAUGUCUGAGCACCACCUCGAACGGGGUCACUUCGCGGGCAGCCAAUGCCAGCAGGAAACGACUUCGAAUUGGAAACUCCGUUACUGCGCUGUACGGUAGCAUUUUCGCCGCUGCUGCCAUCGCCGAUGCGAGCGUCAAGGAUCGUCGACGACAUGACUGGGAUGAAAAAAUUGCCGCGGUGAAGGCCGAGGUGAGCGAGUUGGUGGAUGAAGAGCAACGGAUUCUGGCGUCGUUACAAUCGCGAAGAGAAACUCGGGGUCUCGAUCGGUUGAUUCAAGCUGGGGGGUUCUUCGGUUCUGGUCCUCGGCUUUCCCUCGGGUCUCAAUCACCGGCUAGCGUCAACAGGUCAAUAAGGGCCUUCCACACACAACGAGGUCGCUCAAAUGCCGCCGGAGCUCGGAUGAUGGAAACGCAGCAAGCGGAGGACGUGGAGGAGGAGCAUGGGCUUGAUGAAGUGGAUGAGAGCGAGAUAUUCCUUCCGCAGGAGACGUUACCAAGUUGGGUCUUGGAGGACGAUCUACGUCUCAAGGCUAUACAGAAACUCGCUUUGAGGCAGUUCGCUGUACGGAUUCUACUACGACCGGCCAUCGCACAUCGGUAUUCUGGCAUCUCGAUGAACUACGCAGCGGAUUUCGAGACUCCACAAGUGAACGUCGCUCAACUUCUGGAGGAGCUGAAUCAUAUUCGCAACAGACUGCACACAUUGAAAACGAAUAGGCACGCCACGUUCACCGAUGUGACGAGUGAUUAUGCCGCGAGCCAGUUCGGUGAGAUGAAGAGAGAGCGUGAGGCCCUCGAUGCCGAGCUCACUGAGGACAUCCAGUCAUACAUGGGUCAGCAUAUGUCUCUGCAGGAACUGCUUCUGCGGAUAUCCAACAAUAUCUUGAGUUCCAGGGAUCCAGACCGACCGACAGCUUUCCGGCUGAUGAUCAUGGCAUUCGGCCAGACGCGCCAAAAUGACUUGGUCGAGCUGCUUUUGCGGACGUUACUGCCGAACCGAUUCUUCUUGAACCCAUCGCUCGUCAUUACGAUCAUCACCUUCUUCAGGAAAUCAAAGAACCUGAAGGACUUCGAUUUAUUCUUGAAGAUGCUCGGCGGUGAAGGCUACUCCGUCAACCUGGGGAGCCGGGGCGUUUAUAAACACCGAAAGGUCAAUGGGCUGGACAUAAUUGUACCACCUUUGAACAGCAGCAACCCAGUCAUCUACGCUGCCUUGAUCGGUGCUGCAUUAAGAUUUGACCAGCCCGAGCGAGCCGAUGCUUGGCUCCAGGCUGCGCGAGGUGGUGGUUUCUUCGAUAGUUGGGAGACCCUGUUCAGCUAUCUACGAUUCUACAGCAUCCGACGGGACUGGGAGAAAGGUGCGAACGUCCUGAAAAGAGCCGUCACCUACCUCUUAUCAUCAACAGACCACCAUCUCGGUUCAGUUGAGCGAUUACUAGGACGAAUGGUCGGUCUCUGCGACUCUUGUGACCGACUAGACGCAUCAGAUGCGUUAGUCAAAGCAGCUGUCCACAGCGGCUUCGACCCCAAAUUCUUAUCACGACAAGCGGACUCAGCGCCGUUCGUUCACGCUGAUUCCCACCGAUGGACCAAAGCCGCGAAGCAAACGCCCAAGGAGAACAUCGAUCGUCCCUUAUGGCAGAAGUGUUACGACUUUGGCAACACCUUCGGCGAAUAUCUAAGCCAAAUCGAGGUGCCAGAAGAGAAGACGUUCUCUCGGCGCAAUGGCAGAUUGGCCGAUCAGCACGCAGACAAUGCUCUUGCUACUUCUCUUGGGCGUCACCGCGCAUCUUCUUCUAGGAAGGGUCAACCAUCCACUGGAAGCAGCUCAGAUGACGACAUUUCCACGCUCAAGAAUGAAGUUGCCCAGCUUCGUGAACUCGUCUAUGAACUUCGCAAACACCACGUUUUCAACUCCUCCCCCAAAGACUCCUUUUCCAAUGCCCCGACUAGCGACGAACCUCUCCCUCCACCCGCCGAAACCAUUAUACCUCUCACCACCCCGCGACAUCCCGACCCCUCGCUAAGUCACAGCUUCACUCGAUCCUCGGGUCAGAUCCGUCUUGCAAGAUCGAAAUAA